CGCCCAUAUAUCAGAUGCUUGAGCUAACAUCAAUCAGGAGGAAACAGUCUUGACUUGCUGCAAGCGAAAACGAAGCCAAUCCGGAAGCCAGCGGCAGACCAGAUUCAGCAGUCUCGACAUCCAGUCGCGCUUCUCUCUGUGAGAUCUAGCGUGACUGUGAGUUUCCUCCCAACUGACACUCCUCCAGAGCUUGAGCUCCUUCGACCAGGAUUCACAAAGCCACGACCUUGUCUUCUGCAGGACCGAGAACAUAUCGACAAUGUCGUACCCAACGCACGAUCGUGAUUUGGAAAAGGCAUCUCGAUUGGAAGAAAUCCUGUCCAGACCCAUUCAUACGAAAUCUGUGGUUGCGAACCCUGCUCCUCUGGGGCUUAUGGGAUUCGCCUUGACAACAUUUGUGCUGUCUUGCCACAACGCAGGAGUGAUUAUUCCACAGAGUGCACCUCAUACUGUCGUCACUGGUUUGGCUGCUGGGUACGGUGGAUUGGCGCAACUUCUCGCUGGAAUGUGGGAGUUUGCAGCCGGUAACACUUUUGGAGCUACUGCAUUCUCGUCAUAUGGCGCAUUCUGGCUUUCGUUCGCUGUGAUUCAGAUUCCGGCCUUCGGUGUUCGUGCUGCAUUUGUGGCCAGCGACUCCCUAGUCGAUUACAAUGAAGCUCUGGGGCUUUGGCUGCUGGGUUGGACCAUCUUCACUUUCAUGAUGUGGUUGGCCACCCUGCGAACCAACGUGUGUCUCACGAGCCUCUUCUUCUCGCUCACCGUUACUUUUCUUCUGCUCACCGUCGGUGAAUUUGAACAACAAAAAGGUAUCACGAAGGCUGGUGGAAUCUGCGGGAUCAUUACAGCUUUCAUUGCAUGGUACUUGGCUCUGGCUCAGAUCGUCAACAAGCAGAACUCGUUCUUCGAGCUUCCAAUUGGAGCUAUGCCCAGUAAAGACCACAAGUAGUUCAAUCUGUCGACACACAGACUAGAUCUCAAUUACAGUUGUAAGAUGUGUAAAUUUCCGAAACAGAUUUGAGGUUCUUCUGAUUAGCGAUAGAUUCCAGAACUUUUGUAACAUGACUAGGAAAUGAUUCAUACAUGUCAUAGUCACUGAUCAGAUCAACUGACAGUGUUUUAUAAAAAUUGUUCCUUGUAGCUUCGAGCUUUCUUAAUAAGAUGAUCG